AUGGCAAGCGCUAAACUAGCUGCUCUCGGGUUCAUUGUACUCUUGAGCAUUGGAUUGGCCAAUGCUGGAAGGGUGGCUAGAUACUCUAGUUCUCAAGGAACAGGAUCUGGAGAGGGAGGGGGUGGGGGUGAAGUGAGUGGUGGUGGCUCAGGAUCAGGGAGUGGAGCUGGUUUUGGCCAGAGUUCAAGCAGUGGUGCACAUGCAAGCAGUGGAGGUGGAGGUGAAGGGAGUGGCCAUAGCCAGCCCGGCGGUACUGGAUCCGGCAGCGGGUCCGGUGCCGGCUCAGGAUAUGGUGGUUAUAAUGGUGAAUAUUAUAAUGGUGGAUAUAGUGAUGUUGGUGAAUCUUCCAGCUCAGGCGGUAGCGGUGGUGGUGGUGGUGGAGGACAAGCAACCGGGGGGUAUUAUGGAUCUAGUGGCUAUGGAUCUGGUAGUGGCUAUGGAUCCGGCUCUAGUGAUGCAAGUAAUAACUACUAUUAUGGAUAUCGUAAUGCAAAUGCAUAUUCUAAUGGUGGUGGUAGUGGAAGCGGACAGGGCACCAAUGGUGGGAACGGAGGCGGCAGCGGCGCUGGAUCUGGUUUUGGCAAUGCCAACCCGUAA